GUUUGAUUCAUAUUAGGGCGUAUUAACCAAAUUCAAAACUCUGUAUUCAUUUUUUUUGAUUAUCUAGCUAUUUUCACCAUACUAAACAAGACCGCACUGUGAAAUCAAACAUGCGACCUUGAGAGAAGGUACUCAAUGCCGUGGUACCUCGAACCGCGAGUCCGGUACUGCUUCAACUGGCAGUAAACAGAACCACGCGGUCGCGACACAAACACAAAGCUUGUGUUCCUUAUCAUCAUCGCCUUAUCAUACCGGUGUAUACUCGAGAACAUAAUUUCACUGUUGUAUACGAAGUCUGCUUGUUGUAUUGACAGCUAACGCGAUGUAUGCCGCAUAACGUGAAAGUGACGUAUGUUAGUUGAAAUCAAGUGGAUACAAAUCAGGUCAGUGAGACGGGCCGACAGCUGAAAGAGCUUAGCUGAAACGAGGAAUUGAGACGACACAGGGAGUGGAAGAAGUUUGAAAAUGAAAACUAUAAAGCUACCGGUGGGCGGCGAAAGUGACAGCGAUGUAGGUGGCGCCAAUGCAACGCAGUGGGCGUGGCCUAGGUCAGAGGCGGAACCACACAGCCAGCGCAGUAGCAGCCGGUCAUCAGGGGGUGGAGUCAAGCGCCGAUGAGCAGGUCGCCGCCCGGUCGCAGCACCAGGACAAGCAGCGGCAGCAGCGGCCGACAGCAGCACAGACAGGACAGGAAAAAGGAACAGGCACAGGCAAGUGCAGGCAGGGAACGCAGUGCGUCUGUUGAUACGCUUGCUGAUACCUGGACACCAUCACCUCAACAACCGACAGGUGCAAUUGCGGGUGACCCAGUGACCACAGCAACAACCCCAUCGUCGUCUACGUCAUCAGCAGCAACAGCGGUUGAGGUAGGGGCUGAGGGUACGUUAGCGGAUGUAGCGGGUGGGUUCGCCGGCGAAGCCGUUUCUUACGUCGCUGUGGAGCAUGAGGACCGGGCCGACACCCAACAUUACUAUUACUACGCCACAACCACAUCGUCGACAGCAAAUCUUCUUCAGCAACAGCAGCAGGUGGACCGUCAGCAAACGUACCCUUCUCAACAGUACCUGCUUGAGCAGCAGCAGCUCGAGCUGACGCCCUCCCAGCCGCUGGCGUCUACGAGAGGCCGCGCUCACGCGCACGCGCUCCACACCAGCUUCACCGACAGGGAUGCGCCGGCGCAAGAGGCACCAGCAACAGCCCGCAGCAGACACCAACAGCAACGUUACCACGUUCCCCAUCGGCACCCUCCACCACCUCCGUCUUCAGCCAAUACGGCGCAGGCGCCUCACGAGGACGAGGCCACGCUCAGAGAGCUGCUCAUUAGGUGGAAGAAGGUUGGUAGUGUCGUGUCAAGGCCGAGUAGAAGCACCGAUGUUGAUGACCGAGAUGCAGGGUCAUUAUUAGUCCGGCUAACUGGCGGACGUUCUUUUUGGAGGGUCAGAGGAUACCUGGAGUGUCCACUGUAGUUUGGAACACACAGCCAUGGUAUCCUUGCCUCCCAGGUACUAUCUCCAGAAACAGGUGAGCGUGAUGAGCACCAACCUGUCCGCGAAGCUGGACGAGCUUCAGCAGCGCGGAGACCGCCACCUGGAGACCACAGUGGCGUUGUGCGAGAUUCGCACACAGCUGCAGGAGUUAACCAGAUCGGUGGAGUCCUGUCAGUCGGAGGUGUCGGAGGUUAAGCGGGAUAUGGUCGCCAUCAAACAUGAGCUGGACACCGUGCAGCAGGUGAAGGAAGAGAUCGAAGAACUAAGGGAGUACGUCGAUCGGCUGGAAGAGCACACUCACAGGAGAAAACUUAGAUUGCUUGAGCAGGGUCUGACGUUCUUUCUGUCGUACGCCAUUUUGGCGGCAGUGUUGGGCAUGUUCCAGUUCGGGUACAACACUGGCGUGAUAAAUGCGCCUCAGGGGAACAUCGAGGACUUCAUGAAGGACCUGUACAAGCAGCGGUACGGCGAGGACCUGGACAACGAUUCCGUGGAGCGGUUGUACUCGAUAGCCGUCUCCAUAUUCGCCAUCGGGGGCAUGCUAGGAGGGUUCGGGGGUGGCAUGGUGGCCAAUAAGUUCGGCAGGAAAGGUGGUCUGCUAUUAAACAAUGUUCUAGGAAUAGGCGGCGCGGUGUUGAUGUGGUGUACAAAACUAGCGCAUUCCUACGAAAUGCUUUUCUUCGGUAGAUUUAUCAUAGGAGUUAACUGCGGUCUGAAUACUUCGCUGGUGCCGAUGUACAUUUCGGAGAUCUCACCGCUAAACCUGCGUGGAGGUCUUGGUACUGUCAACCAGCUGGCUGUGACCAUUGGACUGCUACUAUCCCAAGUGCUUGGCAUCGAACAAAUACUCGGCACCAACGAUGGCUGGCCGCUCCUCCUGGGCUUGGCUGUCGUACCUGCUCUUUUACAGUUGGUGCUACUCCCAAUCUGCCCAGAAUCCCCGCGCUACCUGCUGAUCACGAAGCAAUGGGAGGAGGAGGCCCGUAAGGCGCUUCGCCGGUUGCGCGCCAGCAACGCCGUUGAGGAGGACAUCGAAGAGAUGAGGGCUGAGGAAAGGGCCCAGCAGGCAGAAGCAUCAAUCAGCAUGGCGGAGCUUAUCUGUUCGCCGACGCUCAGAGCGCCACUUGUCAUAGGUGUGGUCAUGCAGUUGAGUCAGCAGCUAUCUGGAAUCAAUGCGGUGUUCUACUACUCGACGAACUUGUUUGUGAGCAGCGGUCUGCCAGCAGAUAACGCCAAAUUCGCCACUAUCGGCAUCGGUUGCAUCAUGUUCAUCAUGACAUUGAUCAGCAUCCCACUGAUGGACCGCAUGGGCAGACGGACGCUCCAUCUCUACGGGUUGGGAGGCAUGUUCAUCUUCUCCAUCUUCAUCACCAUCUCUUUUCUCAUCAAGGUGCGUGAGAUGAUCGACUGGAUGUCCUACCUGUCGGUGGUGUCCACGCUUUGCUUCGUGAAGUUCUUCGCCGUAGGACCCGGCAGCAUCCCCUGGAUGAUCACCGCGGAGCUGUUCUCGCAGGGUCCCAGGCCUGCUGCCAUGAGCAUCGCCGUGCUGGUCAACUGGAUCGCCAACUUCGUUGUUGGUAUCGGCUUCCCCAGUAUGAAGGUGAGUGUUAAUUUUUUCAAUGGUAGUAGCAUAUUUUGUUCUAUUUUUAAAAUUGUUUGGGUAAAAGUUCCUUUUGUUGACUAUCACUUGAAGCUCAAAUAA